AUGGCCCCCUCAAGAUUUGACAGUGGCACGGGGGGAACAAACUACUCCAGCAUUCAUUCCGCCGACGCCUUCGUUGGCACUUAUCAAGUCAUGUAUACACCGGGUUCAACAUCUCCGCAUUCCGAUCGUGCUCAUAAGAAGUCCACUCGCUUUAGCAAAGCAGCAUCAAUCAGAUCUCACAAUCAAAGCCAGUCGUUCAUCCUUCCCGCCAAUAUUCCCAAUACAUCCCAAAUUGUUGCAGACCAAGGCUCCUUGCCAGAUGUUCAGGUCCACUACUCCAUUCCCGCCGAUGAGAAACAGAUAGUAGCAUCUCUUCGUACUCUUCAACGCGACCUCAACGAAGCCAUACAGACCAUCAAUUCGCUGACACGGGAACGCGACGAGGCACUGCUAGAACUUAGGUUGCUUAGAGCAGCCUCUGUAAAAGAAACGACUCGGACCAAGAAGACGACUCGUAUCUCUUCUCAUCAACAGGAAGAGGAACUGUUCGAUCUGAGUCGGUCGAUAGAAACCCCUCAGAGAUCCCCGGCAAGGAAGGUGUCGAGCAAGCGCUUUGGCGCAGAUACCAAGCAGGCCGGUAAGACAACAAUCUCAGACGAUGCACGGGUAUUGUCACCAGUCGAAAUCAAUGGACCCCUUUCUCCGACUCCUGACAAACGCUGGACCAGUGGAACUACGGGCAAUAGUCCAAACAAGUCUCAAGCACACAAGAAGCCCACGGUCAACGAUACAGAAAACAGUGUAGUAGAAGACCCAACUGCAGCUUCUAACACGUCCAGACGCCGCCGACAUUUGGAUCUGGACGAGAACAUGACCUCUGCAUACAUUCUCCCAGAUAUCACUGUUAGCCAAAGUCAAGCACAGGGUAUUUCUAAGGGCGCCCAGACUGUUCUACAUCGCCAUGACCCUGAACACGUCCAAAACUGUGAAGUCUGUCUGCGCCUCACUGGGUCUAAAAAGACUAAACACGUCACACAUGCCAGUCGCAAAUCAACCCACAUUAACACAACCUCAGGCAGACAGGCAUCCAAGUCAGCAAAGGAACAAGAUUUCACCGUCCAAAUCACGCAGUUGAUGAAAUCUGCAAUGCUUGAUGACCCUACGAUCCGCCCGAAGAUCUCCCCUUGGCAUGCUCUGGCUAACGUCAAGAAGCUGUUAACCGAUCAAUUCGAGGAGGCAAAGCGGAAGCACGGCAUCGCGUGGGAGACAUACGACGGAAUUGAAGCCCCUCUUAGCAGCAAGAGACACGCUGCCAUCAGCGAAGAACUAUUCUAUUGGUCGAGAAAGAUGGAAGAGUGCAGAGUCAAUCUAGACCAAUUGAGAGACGUCGAGGAGGGCAUGAGAGGAGAAGAUGAGAAUUGA